UGUCGGUGGUCGGAGCGGGUCUUUCGUCAUGUCUGGACGUGGGAAGGGCGGCAAGGGGCUCGGCAAGGGUGGCGCCAAGCGCCACCGUAAGGUGCUGCGCGACAACAUCCAGGGCAUCACCAAGCCGGCCAUCCGCCGCCUGGCUCGGCGCGGCGGCGUCAAGCGCAUCUCGGGGCUCAUCUACGAGGAGACGCGCGGCGUGCUCAAGGUCUUCCUGGAGAACGUGAUCCGCGACGCCGUCACCUACACGGAGCACGCCAAGAGGAAGACGGUCACGGCCAUGGACGUGGUCUACGCCCUCAAGCGCCAGGGUCGCACUCUCUACGGCUUCGGCGGUUAAAGCCUCACCUUUCCAAACCACCGCCACCAAACCACAAAGGCUCUUUUAAGAGCCGCACACUUAAACUGAAAAGAGCUGUGUUGCUUUAAAA